AUGUCCAAGAGAGCUGCCCCUAUUGAGGAAAUAGAUAAUAACGAAAGAGUGGUUUCUUCGAAAACUGAAAACCAGCAUGUACCUGUUACUAGUGUGCCUUCUGAGGCCGAUGUAGAGAUGGGUGAGUUCGAGGAUCCAUAUAGUGACGAGUUCGAAAGCGAUGGAGAAAUCAUUGAGGUUGAUGGUGAGGAUGAUGGAGAAGAUGUUGAAGCCAUCGAAAAUGAGGAAUACAUCGAGGCGAAGCAAAAAUUAGCUGAAGAGCAACUGAAACAGGACCAAACUGAUACAUCGGGCCAACAACAGCUAUACUUGCCUCACUUAUCCCAGCCUUUGGGCCCUGAUGAGGUCUUGGAGGCGGACCCCACUGUGUACGAGAUGUUGCAUAAUGUCAACUUACCCUGGCCUUGUAUGACUUUGGAUAUCAUUCCAGAUAGGUUGGGCUCGGAGCGUAGAAGCUUCCCUCAAUCCCUUCUGGUAGCCACUGCAACCCAAGCAUCCAAGAAAAAGGAUAACGAACUAUUACUGCUAAAACUAUCACAACUCAGCAAGACCUUAUUGAAUGAAGAAGAAGACGAUGACGACGAAGAUAAUGAAGACGAUGAUUUGGACCCCAUUGUUGAGAAUGAAAGCAUUCCCCUUAGAGAUACAACAAAUCGCCUCAAGGUCUCUCCUUUCUCUUCCGAUUCGCAAGAAAUUUUAACUGCUUCAAUGAGUGAAAAUGGUGAGGUAUACAUCUUCGAUGUGGCUCCUCAAAUCAGAGCCUUCGAAGUUCCUGGCUAUCAAAUACCCAAAGCUGCUAAAAGGCCAUUGCAUACGGUUAAGAAUCAUGGGAAUGUUGAAGGUUACGCACUAGAUUGGUCACCACUGGCUAAGACUGGUUCGUUAUUGACUGGUGAUUGCUCAGGCAGAAUCUAUCACACUCAAAGACAUACGUCAAAAUGGAUAACAGAUAAGCAACCUUUUUCUGCUGGAAAUAACCAAUCUAUUGAGGAUAUUCAGUGGUCACGGACUGAAUCAACCGUAUUCGCUUCCUGUGGUUGUGAUGGCUAUAUCAGAAUCUGGGAUACGAGAUCCAAGAAACACAAGCCUGCGAUUUCAGUCAAGGCUUCAUCCACUGAUGUUAACGUUAUUAGUUGGAAUGAGAAGAUUGGCUAUUUGCUGGCCAGUGGUGACGAUAACGGUACCUGGGGUGUCUGGGAUUUGAGACAGUUCUCUCCAAACACUGCAGAAAACACAUCACCAGUAGCACAAUAUGAUUUCCACAAGGGAGCUAUCACUUCCAUCAGCUUCAAUCCACUAGAUGAAUCAAUUAUUGCAGUUGCAAGCGAAGAUAAUACUGUCACCCUAUGGGACUUGUCUGUCGAGGCAGAUGAUGAAGAAAUUAAACAACAAGCAGCAGAGACAAAGGAACUCCAGCAGAUUCCUCCCCAACUACUUUUUGUUCACUGGCAAAAGGAAGUCAAAGAUGUCAAAUGGCAUAAGCAAAUUCCGGGAUGUCUUGUGAGUACAGGUACGGAUGGCUUGAACAUAUGGAAGACAAUCAGCGUUUAG